AUGAAAGGGUUGGACGGAGAUAUUAAAAAACCUGAGACUAUAUUAAGAGGUCACAGAAUCGAUUUGAAAAAAAGGAGUCAAAUCGCAAAACAAGUCCGACUUCUAAAAUCGAAAAAGAAAUCUUAUCGAGACAAAAAUGCCAUCGUUUCACUCAAUACGAUUUUCAAAAAAUCGAAACAGCUGGACUUGGAUCUUAAGCGAACUAAAGCCCAGGAGAAAUCCUCUAAAGUAACUCCGCAAAAGGAGUAUAAACUUCUUUUUGUUGUUAGGAAUUCGAGAAAUGUAGAAUCUCCAAUUUGCAAAGAUAUUUUAAAGACCCUUGGAUUAACAAGAACCAAUUCAGGUCGUUUUAUGAGUAAUUCAGUUCCUAAUUUGGAACUUAUUAAUAAGGUGUUGCCUUUUGUGUACUACGGAACUCCCACUCUAAAACACGUGAAGGAUCUACUCCAUAAAAGGGGUACAAUCUAUCAGCAUAACAAGGCUGAGAUGAUUAGUGGCAAUUUAGUUAUUGAGGAGAACUUCAGUAUCUAUGGCAUUUACAGCAUUGCUGAAUUGAUUGAAACCAUAUAUAAGGGCUCCAAUGGCUCUGAAAACAUCUUACUUAAGCUCGGACCUAUAAACUUAUCAAAUUUAAACGUUUACAACAGAUAUUUUGAGGAUAAUCUUAAAUUCGGAGACACCAACAUUAACAACUUAUUAAUUGAUAAAUAACCGUGUAAUAUACUAAUUAACAAA